CCUCACUGUGCGAUCAAGGCAUCUUGGUAUCACUUCCCACGGGACUUGCUGAUAUCCUCCCUGGCCAGGCUGAUCGGUCCAUAUAGCACAGUUCAUACCGAUUGCCCCUCCCAGGUUGUUCCAUACGCACCGCCAAAAUGCCUUCCAUCUACAUCGAUGAAGAUGUCGGAAGGGACGACUCGACCGCCACCGGAACCGAAUCGGCCCCCUACAAGACUCUCCUCCACGCUUUCGUCCAGCACCCUCCUACCCCCGAAAACCAGUACCUGACGCGCAAGUCCCAAACCGAGCCCGCCGGUGAGGGUGUUGACCCCGCGGCCAAGCUGGAAUGGCAGCCCGCCACCAAGUCGGCCGUCAAGAAGGCCACCAACCUCUACGAGCAACGGAAGAGAAAGGCUGCGAAGGAGCACGAGCUGGCUAUCCGCGAGAAGGAGGAGGCUGAUAAGCGCAAGCUCGUCCUCGAGGAGGCCAAGAAGGUUAUCAUCAAGGAGGACACAUCUCUUCCCAAGGCUGUCAAGGUCCGCCUCGAUGAGACCGACCCUGCCGUUAUCAAGCUGGGAUCUCCCGAAUCGGAGGCUCCUGGUACUCGCGUCCGGGUUCUUGGAAGAGUUCACCGCUUGCGUGCCCAGAAGGGUGUCAUUUUCCUCACUCUUACCGAUGGAUAUGGAUACCUGCAGUGUGUCUUGACUGGAGACCUGGUCAAGAGCUACGAUGCCAUGACUCUCACCCUCGAAACCUCGAUGGCUAUCCACGGUGAGAUGCGUGCCGUCCCUCCUAAGCAGCACGCCCCCGACAACCGUGAGCUUCACGCCGAUUUCUUCACUGUCAUCGGUCGCGCUGCUGGCGACAAGGAGGCCAUCACCACCCGCGUGGCCCACGAUGCCGACCCGCAAACCCUCCUCGACAACCGUCACCUGGUCCUCCGUGGUGAGACCGCUUCGUCUGUGAUGAAGGUGCGCGCUGCGACCCUUCGGGCUUUCCGCAAGACCUUCGAGGAGACCCGCAUGCUCGAGGUUACCCCUCCGGCUAUGGUGCAGACCCAGGUGGAGGGUGGCAGCACCCUGUUCAAGUUCGACUACUAUGGCGAGAACGCCUACCUGACCCAGUCUUCUCAGCUCUACCUUGAGACCUGCCUCCCCUCCCUUGGUGAUGUUUUCUGUGUCUGCCCCUCUUUCCGCGCGGAGAAAUCCCUCACCCGUCGCCAUCUGUCUGAGUACACCCACAUCGAGGCGGAGCUCGAUUUCAUCACUUUCACCGACCUCCUGGAUCACCUUGAGCACGUAAUCUGCCGCGUUAUCGACCUGAUUCUGGCCGAGCCCGCUACCAAGGCUCUCAUCGACAAGCUCAACCCCGACUUUAAGGCCCCGAGCCGCCCCUUCAAGCGGAUGAAGUACUCCGACGCCAUUGAAUGGCUUCGGGAACACGAUAUUCCCAACGAAGAAGGCAACCCCCACCAGUUCGGUGAUGACAUCGCCGAGGCCGCCGAGCGCAGGAUGACCGAUAUCAUCAAUCAGCCCAUCUUCCUGACCCACUUCCCCGCCGAGAUCAAGGCUUUCUACAUGAAGAAGGACGUUGAGGACCGCCGUGUCACCGAGAGUGUGGACGUUCUCAUGCCCGGUGUCGGUGAGAUCGUCGGUGGUAGUAUGAGAAUGGACGACUGGGACGAGCUCAUGGCCGCUUACAAGCACGAGGGCAUGGAUCCUUCCCCGUACUACUGGUACACUGACCAGCGCAAGUACGGAACCUCCCCCCACGGUGGUUACGGACUUGGUCUGGAGCGUUUCCUGGCUUGGUUGUGUGCUCGUUACACCGUCCGGGACUGCAGCUUGUAUCCUCGUUUCACGGGCCGCUGCACCCCUUAAGUGCUUUGAUAUCCUAGACCAGAUUUUUAGAUACGCGAUAUUCCAAUUCAUACCAGAUGUGAUGUGG